AUGUUUAUUAUUGAGCAAAGGGAUCAAAGUGAUACAAUAAGAGAGACAAUCUUGUUCUUUUUCGAUUUUAAGGCAUUCGCUUUUAGCUCAUGCUUUUCUUCUUGGAUAAAGCAAACAGCACAUAUAAAGAUCAUCAACAAAUUUAAUCCCUUCACUGGUUUUCAGAAUCCCACUUAUAUUUUAAAGUCAACUAAGGUUGUAACUAUUGAUGAAAUCAAGGCUGUUAUUUCUGUGGAUCACAAGGAAACUACAGAGGAAACUUAUGACAUUUUUCUUCUUCCUCCUGGUGAAGAUCCUGAAGCAUGUCAGUCUUAUCUGAGGAUGAGGAAUAGAGAUGGAGAAUACAAUCUCAUGUUUGAGGAAUGGGUUACAGAUAGUCCAUUCAUAAUUUCUCCUCGAAUAACUUUUGAAUUUAGUGUGCGCCUUCUCGGAGGACUGAUGGCAUUGGGAUAUACAAUUGCUAGCAUCCUGAAAAGAAACAGCCAUAUCUUCUGUGACGAUAGAGUUUGUGUUAAAACUGAUUGGUUGGAGCAACUUAAUCGUCAAUAUGUUCAGGUGCAAGGGAAAGAUCGACUAUACGUUAAAUUUGUUGCAGAGCAGCUGGGCCUGGAUGGUUCAUAUGUUCCUCGUACUUAUAUUGAACAAAUUCAGCUGGAGAAACUUGUAAAUGAUGUUAUGGCACUGCCAGAUGAUUUAAAGACAAAACUCAGCAUAGAUGAUGAUUUUGCUGCAAGCCCUAAAGAAGCUCUUUCCCGAGCAUCAGCAGAUAGAAGAAUGAAGCAUCUCGACCGAUACUCUCAAUUUUUCUACAAUUUGAUAUAUUUUCCAUCUAAACUGGGAGAAAAUAAGAAAUGGAAAAGAAAAUAUAUGAAUAAGUGUGGAAAUUGAAUAAAUGACCAAGAAGCCAAAGAAAAAGGGUUUCAUUCAUCAUAUGUACUAAACUAGCACUGGUCAUUUUUUUAAAACCUCGGUACAAGAAUACAAAACUAUAACCAUUUCAGUUAGUGAGAGCUUGCAACAGUUUUUA